AUGGCUAAUUUGGCUAUUGUGUUGUCACACACGGUCAACGGUGUUGCAGCAAUCCAUUCACAAAUUUUGAAGGACUCGUUGUUCAACCAUUUCUACACGUUGUGGCCAAACAAAUUCAUCAACGUGACUAACGGUGUUACACCACGUAGAUGGAUCAAGCAAUGCAAUCCAGAGCUCUCCAAGUUGAUCACUGAGUCGAUUAAAACAGACGAGUGGGUCUGCGACUUGAGCUUGGUCAAAGGAAUCGAAAACGUCUUCUCCCACGACUUGAUUGAGAAAUUCAUCCACGUGAAACAAUAUAACAAAGACAGAUUGAAACACUUGGUCCUUACUUUGACCGACUCUAAAGUCGUGUUGGACCGUAAUGCACUCUUCGACGUCAUGUGUAAGAGAAUUCAUGAGUACAAGAGACAACUCCUUAACUUGUUUGGUACCAUCCACAUGUAUCUCAGAAUCAAAAAGAUGACUCCAAUCCAAAGACUCGAGCUUGUCCCAAGAGUAAAGAUCUUUGCUGGUAAAGCCGCUAUUGGCUAUGCGAUGGCCAAGGGAAUCAUCAAGUUGAUUAACUCUGUUGCUGAUGUAGUGAACAACGACCCAGAUGUCGGAAACUUACUCAAAGUCGUGUUCUUGCCAAAUUACAGUGUCUCGUUGGCUGAAAUUAUUGUGCCAGCCAAUGAUAUUAACGAACAAAUUUCUACUGCGGGAUAUGAGGCUUCUGGAACCUCAUGCAUGAAAUUUGUAAUGAACGGUGGGUUGAUUGUAGGUACUUGGGACGGAGCCAACGUCGAAAUUGCUGAAGAAGUUGGAGCAGAGAAUAUGUUCAUGUUCGGAGCUAAGGCCCACGAGGUUGCUGACAUUAGAGCAAACCCAACUCCAAUUUCCCCAAAACUUGCUCAGGUGUUGUCGGCGAUUGACUCUGGUAUGUUUGGAAGCCCAGACGUACACAAGUUUGUGAUUGACCAAUUCAGAUCCGGAAGCGACUUCUACUUGGUCUGCAGAGACUUUGAAAGCUACGUCGCAAUCCAAAACCAUAUCGAUUCUGUCUGGAAUAACCCCGAGGAGUGGAACACAAUGUGCCUGAGAUGCAUUGCUAGAAUGGGUAAGUUCUCGUCAGACAGAUCUAUUGAAGAGUACGCAACGAACAUCUGGAACGUCACUAAGUGCCCAGUACCAUCUGGUGAGCAGAACUAA